AUGCCUUGUUCCAGUACUGUGAUUCUGACGUCUGUGAUUCUGACGACUCUGGUUGUCUCCUCUUUAUCAGUAUCUGGCACCAGACAGAGGUGGGAAGCCCCUGGCUGCCAUCUUGUUGGCCACACAAGGACAGUGACCAUAGCUGACUGUGUGCCUUUUGCGGUAACCACGAAUGCUUGUCGAGGUUUCUGCGUUUCCUAUGCUGUUCCAUCGAGCUCACAGACUAUGAUCCCAAACCAGGUCAUCACGUCGAAAGCACAGUGCUGCGGAAUUGUCGAAACACAUGAGGUGAAUGUGUGGGUGGCCUGCAGAAACGGAUUCCAACAAAAGACAUUCAAAUCUGCCCUGAGCUGUGCCUGUUCCAUAUGCAGACGUAACCACUUAAAAAAACUGGAUUAUCUUUGUACAAUUUGCACAGAGUAA